UUGAGCUCAGUUGACUUUUACAUUUUGACCCGGACACAUCGUCCUCGCACUUUUUUUCUCCAUUUUUGUCUCUUCACUUAUCAAUCAACCACACCCACUUACCUUACCUUACCUUAUCAUACAUCAUCUGGGUUAUCAUCAUGAGGGAAAUUCUCCACGUUCAAGUUGGUCAGUGCGGAAAUCAAGUCGGGACAAAGUUUUGGGAAACCAUCUCUGAAGAGCAUGGUCUCGAUACGGAAGGCACCUACCGUGGCGACAAGGACGUCCAACUUGAACGUCUCAACGUUUACUUUGCCGAAACGACGAAUGGAGCCAAUAAAUACGUCCCCCGCGCCAUCCUUGUCGAUCUCGAGCCAGGAACGAUGGACUCGAUCCGCUCCGGACCGCUUGGCCAUCUCUUCCGCCCCGACAACUUCGUUUUUGGUCAAUCCGGUGCUGGCAACAAUUGGGCGAAAGGACACUACACGGAGGGCGCCGAAUUGGUCGACGAAAUAAUGGACGUCGUUCGCAAGGAGUCUGAAGCCUGCGACUGCCUUCAAGGUUUCCAACUCACACACUCACUCGGCGGAGGCACUGGCUCGGGCCUCGGAACUUUGCUCAUCUCCAAACUCAAGGAGGAAUUUCCCGACAGGAUUAUCUCCUCUUUUGGCGUCAUCCCGUCGCCAAAGGUAUCUGACACGGUUGUUGAACCCUACAAUGCGACCCUCUCGAUCCACCAGCUUCUCGAAUCAACGGACGAAGUAUUCUGCAUCGAUAACGAGGCCCUGUACGAUAUUUGUUUCCGAACUCUGAAAAUAGCCUCCCCUUCCUACAAAGACCUCAACCAUAUCGUCUCCCAAACUAUGUCUGGCCUUACGACCUGCCUCCGUUUCCCCGGCCAGCUCAAUGCCGACCUGCGUAAACUCGCCGUGAACAUGGUUCCUUUCCCUCGCCUCCACUUUUUCAUGCCAGGAUACGCCCCACUCUGUUCGCCAGCCUCCAAGGCCUACGAAAACCUCACCGUCGCCGAACUGACGAACCAACUUUUCGACGCUCGCAACAUGAUGACCGCUUGCGAUCCGCGACAAGGCAAAUAUCUCACCGUCGCGACCAUCUUUCGCGGCCGGCUGUCCAUGAAGGAGGUGGACGAAACCAUGCUGGCCGCGCAGAACAAGCACUCGCCCCUCUUCGUGGAAUGGAUCCCGAAUAACAUCAAGGUCGCCGUGUGUGACAUUCCUCCCACGGGACUCGCCAUGAGCGCCACGUUUAUCGGAAAUUCGACCGCGAUGCAGCAAGUGUUCAAGCGGAUUACGGACAAUUUUGCAACCAUGUUUCGUCGGAAGGCGUACAUCCAUUGGUACACGGGCGAGGGGAUGGACGAACUCGAGUUCACCGAGGCAGAGUCUGACAUUCACGACCUUAUCGCCGAGUACCAGCAGUAUCAGGAUGCCGUCAAUGAGCCAGAGUUUGGGGAUUCGUAUGCCGAAGGGGACGAGGAGACGGAGGGCAGUUACGCCGAAGAGAUCAAGGAGAAGAAGGAGGUAGCGCAAGAAAAGGUGGACCCCAAUAUUACGACGGGAGGAGACGCGAACAAUAACGUCGUGGCCUAAUCUCUCUCACCGGAAGUUCUUCCCUUUAUCAUGUUGAUAACCCGAAACUAAAUAUCUCAGAGUGAUCACUUUUAUUUGUAAAACUAAUAAUGCGUUGUGAUGAUAAUACAAAUCUCUAAAUUGCU